GACAUUUGAAUUUGACUAACCGAUAGCUAUGAUGACCGAUAGUUUGUGAGUUUGAUUUUUUUGGUAUUUUCAGAAAAGAUUGAAUUGAAACAAAAGGCAUUUUCACAAUUCUUUUCGGAGGGUACCUAAGGAUAAGCUGUAAAUGAACAAUAGAAAUUGCAUUCUAUCAGAGUACCUUUCGUAAUUCGUUUGCCGUGCUGCCAUAACUUUAUGUUCACCAUAAUUUUGCUGUGAAAUAUCUAACAAUGAUUGAUCUAUUUAUACCGGUUCGUAGUCUUUUAAAAAUUGGAAAUGUUUGCACCGAUAACAAUGUCUUCCGCAUGCACUACAAGUUAACAGUGAUGAUCUUGUUGGUGUUCACACUCUUAGUUAGCACGAAGCAGUUUUUCGGAGAGCCCAUACAUUGUAUGAGCGAAAGCGACAAGGACAAUGAUAAAGAAGCCAUGAAUAGUUACUGCUGGAUCUACGGAACUUACACCUUGAGGAAUAGGCUUGUUGGUACUCAAGGCAAGAAUAUGGCAUAUGUAGGUGUGGGCCCUGAUGAAGGUAUACAAGCUGAGCAAAUAAAGCAUAGUUACUACCAGUGGGUGUGCUUCGUGUUGCUGGCGCAGGCUGCAAUGUUUUACACCCCACGCUACCUUUGGAAGAUGUGGGAAGGUGGACGCCUGAAGGGAUUGGCAGAUAAGUUGGCUGGUCCACUGGUCUCUAAGAUCUGGGCGGAGCAUAAGCGUGCAGAGCUGGUCUCAUACCUGACUUACACCAAUCUCUACACACACAACAUGUACGCCUUGCGCUAUGCGUUCUGCGAGAUACUUAACCUUGUUAAUGUGGUGGGCCAAAUAUUUCUGCUAGAUGUGUUCCUUGGUGGAGCUUUCCGUAACUACGGAGCAGCUGUAGCAGCUUUCACACAUGUUCCGAAAGUGCCAAAGAACUUUCUAGACUUUGAAGCAGUCAAUCCUAUGGACCUAUACUUCCCCAAACUCACCAAGUGCUGGUUUAGAAGCUAUGGACCUUCAGGCACUAUGCAACUUAAAGACAGGCUCUGUGUACUUCCUUUAAAUAUUGUUAAUGAAAAAAUAUUUGUUUUUCUGUGGUUUUGGCUUAUUUUCCUUGCUCUGGUAUCUGCUAUGGCAGUUUUGUUCCGCAUUUUGGUAAUAUCUAUGCCACCAAUACGUACUUUAUUGAUUAUGAGCCAACUUAGAUUUGUUAAGCGUAAAGUCAUAUCUAGGAUAGUGAAACACUUUAGCUUUGGUGAUUGGUUCGUUCUGUACUUGCUGGGCAAAAAUGUUAAUCCACUUAUAUAUAAGGAUUUGAUUAUAGAGGUCUCUAAAGAAUUAGACAAGAAACCUAAUAAUGUAUGUAUGGUAUGAUUUACUUGUGUUUUUUUUUUUAAUAAAUAGAAUUAGUUUGCAUUGUGCCAUAAUAAUAAUUAAAAUAAUUUAUCAAUAAAAGAUUACACGAAAAUCAUUCAAAAUCACAGGAAAGUCUGAUAAUUGCAAAAAGGGUUUUGCUGUGAUUAAUUACAUAUCUAUUUUUGUUUCAUUUAAGUCUAUUUUGGUUUUGUUGUUUGGAUAAUAUUAUUUAGUAAUUAAUAUAAGUACAAACCGAUAAUAAUUUAAGUUUUUUUUUUCCAAGUGAGAUCUGUUAAGUUAUUAAAGUUCCUAAUAAGAUAAAUCUAGUUGACAUAAUAUAAUAAUAAGUUAUGUUAUUAAAAAGUUGUUACAACUACUUAAAGUGAAAGACUGAUAGUUUAAUCUACUAAUAAGUAGUUUAUUUUGUUUGAAAGCUCAAGUUCAUUGUUACUAAGACUUGUGUUCUACAAAUAAUAUUCAUGAUUGUGUUCAUUUUAGACACUGCCAAAAAUGCAAAAUUGAAAUGCUUGGAAAUCUAAACCCAAAAUGUUGUAGUUUAAGCAAGGUUUUGUCAAAAUAUUAAGAGUUCUUAAAUUUUAUGGAUCUGCACUCUUAAAAUUUAAGACCCCUAUUUUUGUAUUUUCGUAAGUAAUCCUUUCACUGUCGCAAAAUGAUACAAUUUUAAUUUUGGCUUUUGGCGUUGUGCGUUUUAAGUUAAAUGUUUAAUUGUUUUUCCUAAAUGUCAAGUUUAUGUACAUACCUGUCAACAAAGAUUGCACACCAAAGUUUAGAAAAGAACGGUUUUGUAAAGUGUGGUCUGUCUUUGGAACCAACAACAUAAGUAUGAGUAUUAGGUUGAAAUCUAUAGAGUGCUCUUUGACUCUGCCCAGACUUAAGUUUCGGUUAAAACGAGAUAGAUUUAUGCCAGCGGUAUAACGCUGUCUCAUUUUAACAGUGUCUUAAAUCUGAGCUAAAUCAAAGUGCACUCUAUAGAUUUCAGCCUUAGUGAGUGAUGGUCUUAGAAGCAGAAAUUCCUAAAUGAUGUGCAAUCUUUUCUGCCAGGUACUGUAAUGGUAUUCACUGACUUGACUCAUGUUCUAAUAUUGAUUAACUAGCUUCAGACUAGCUUACUGAUUAAAGUGCAGAUUUAAAUGAUCUCACUGAUAUAAUACAUGCUGUGCUUAGAGAUGGGGGCAUAAGUCAGUGACAACCUUUGUUCUGUUAAAUACUAUAGGUUUACUAAGAUGGCUCGUGAGCUAGAGUGUGGGUUGCGUGAAGGUGACAGUUGACAUAAAAGUAAAAAAAAACAAAGAUACUAACCCUUCUGCAUCCCGCACCCUACCCCUUUCUCAAUCAAGCGGUACACUCAGUAUGAGUACAUUAAUUCUUAAUUUAGUCAAAAUUUGAAUUUAAACUUUAAUUUUUUUCAUCAGCCUCAAGUGCAUAAUCAUUUUUGUAUCAAUUUUUUUUAUAAAUCGUAAAAAAAAUAACAGAACAGUGCCUUAACUGUACAGGAGUAUUUUUCAAAAUAAAGAAUUUAAUAAUG